CUUAUUUCUCCCAUCUCCCCUCAAUCAAAUCGCCAGUAUUUUCCAUCGCGAAGCUUGUGUUCUCUAUCGCGAAUCACUCAGUUUUCCGACCGACUCAAUUUCUUUUGUGAUCUUACCCGAAUUCAUCUCCAGUUUCUAUACUAUACCGAGAACAAUGGCGCGGGAGGGUACCCGAUCCGCGACCGGCAACUCCAAGCCGCGCGUCUUCCCAACGGUCGACACCGCGCCAACCAUUAGCCGCAAGCCCAGAGCUCAGACAUCGACCAAGAAGGAGGGCGCGAAGCCCGCUGGCGUCACGAAGAAGAAAGGUCCUGUCAAGAGCAAUGGCGUCGCCAACAAGGCCAAGGCUGCGGUCAAGAAGGUCGAGGCUAAGGUGAAGAAGGUCACCGCGAAGAAGCCCAAGGCCAAAAAGGCUGCGCCUGCCGAGUAAGAGAAUGGCAUCAGACUUGAAAGACCAGAGUGGAAGGGCCCCGCUCCGUGUCUAAAUGCCGUUCACCGAACUUGUACUACUAUGUGUACAGCGUUCUGCUUUUGGCUUUGCCUUGGAAGGAAUGUGUCUUCAUUCUGGGUGUUAUCUCCUUUUUUCCUUGGGUCUGGAAAUCUUAGGGUCUGUCUCGUAUUUGGGUUCGUUCACGAAGGGUCUGGGUCAUCUGGAUAGGUUCUUGCGGGUCGUUUCUUGGGUCUGAACAACAUAUCGUGAAUGGUCUUGUAUGGGAUUCCUUGAUAGUAGGGUUAUUAUGGUUCAAUGGGGUAUUUGCAUCGUUAUC